AUGACUAGCAAUACACCGCGUCCUUUGUCAGAGCUGAGCCCAAUGGCUCAGCGACGGAAUUCUCCAAGCUGGAAACAGCCACCAGCCAAGUAUUCACUGGGGUCGUCUCCAUUCGAUUCAUCGCCAUUUAAUAAUUCAACUUCAAAACGCCUUUUCUGGCAAGAUCGCGAAUCUCAAUCAUCAUUUGUUUCUUUGAAUUCGGAAAACGGAAAGCCAUAUGACCCAGAACUUCCCUACUCUCCAAAAUACGACCCAUCGCAUAUUUCUGUUCCCGAGCGGCCAUUAGCAACAGGUCGGUCGUUUCACGGUCGAAGCCAGAGCGACGUGCAAUCGCCACGUCGACCUGGAGAGGCAGAAGAGUCGCCGAAAUACAGGCCGGUUUCACCAAGCAAAGACCAACCUUCACCCCCAAAGUCGAGUUUAUCCAAAGCUACUCGAUUCGGACAUAAGCUAUUUGACCCUGAGUCCGAUAUCUGGUCAGAUAUAGACGGUGGACCAUCGCGUUUCUCUGAUAGAAACCCCAAGAGCGUCACAUUUGACGCUGCGCCACCUCAAGUCAACGAAUAUGAGAUGACAACCCCUGAUAUGUCUUCUCUUGCAGAAUCACGAGAAGGAAGUUACGAAUUUGAUGAGGAUGAGAUUGAAACAAGUUUUGAUAGGGGCUCAUCUCUAGAUCGAGACGACAGUUUCGACGCCUCUCUCGAGGACAUUGAGAAAACCCCAGUUGUCUUGCCUGACGACUGGCGGUUUAUGAGCCCUGAUUCGGCAAAUGACGACUUGGUGAGCGAGGACGAGGACCCGUUUAUUGAUCACCCUGGCAGCCCCAGUCCUGAUGUCCAGCCUGUGACGAAUCAUGAUGCAUCCACUCAUGGCUCUCGUAUUGACUCGCUCGAUUCGAAUGGCGAAAAGCGCCCUCUUCCACCUCUGCCUAACGCCCGGUCUGAGGAUCAAUCACCUCGCGUAAGCAGUCCCGAUAAAUUGUCUGCAGCAUUCGAGCGGGGUGCCAGUGGACAGCGUGUGCUACCGCCCCCUCCUGGUCCAGCUUCAUAUUCCAAAAAUGAUAUUGUGGGUUCUGGACGCCCGUCCAUGAACCUCGAAGACAGAUUACGACUUAUGAUGCUGCAAGAGAGAGACGAUAAUGACCAACAACUAGAACUUGAGCGCCAGAAAGAAAGACGCAUGAGGAGGGCUGGUGCUCGGGAGAGAAGCGCGGGAAGUGAAUAUGAAGGUAGACGACCAUCCGAGUCCAUAGCAAGCCAAGUCGAUACUCCACCACAUAUCUCUCGUGAGGAUAUUCUCAGAAACUUGAAGUCUAGAGAAGAUCUCGGCUAUGAUGAUGAAGAUGACGAAGUUGAUGAUGGUGAAUACUCGUCUCAAUUCAAUUCCAGCCCACCUCACAUGCAAUACGAUCCAGAUGUUCCUAUUCCCUCUCUCGAAGAUCAUCUAGAUGACGUCGAUGUUCUUAUCAAAGACGAGCCAUUGAGUGACGACGAAGGCGACGUCUACGACAUUCCAGAGUACUUCGGACCUAAUGCACAUGGACUACCUCUUCCUUCAAAUGAAGACCGACUGGGAGAUGAUGAAGAUGAUGAGAGCAACUAUUCUCGAAACUCGAGGGAUACCAUCAAGGAAGAACGAGAUAUUUCUACCGAGACGACUGAGACCGAUGUCACUACAGUUCAUCUUCCAGAAACGGAAGAUAUCAAGGAGACUAUAGAGUAUGACCAAGUGUUAUCAGAGACCAGAGAUGGGUCACCGAAUGGGUUUGAGCAUCUGGACUUUGGUUUGGCAAACCUCCCCGAACCGCUUCAACGCCCACAAACUCCAGAAAAGCAGACUGGUGACAAGACCGACGAGCCAUCUACCCCUGAUUCCGUGAUUAGACAUCCAGUUGACGAAGAAUCUGGAGACGAGGAAUCUGAUUAUGAAACCACUCCAGAGCCGGUCUCGGAGCUUGUUGCGACGAUCAAAGCCCCUGGUACCGGCUUGAAAACUCGUCCUUCACUGACUCCCGCUGAUGUACAGUCAAUGGCCGCCGUCCGCCGUAAAGUUAGUGUCCAGAGCGCCAUCGUACCAGUUGCUGAAACAGCCAUCGAGGACACCCAGGAAGACGACGACGAACAGGAAGCACGCGAUGUCGAGCAGGCAAACGACGACCUACACACUCUGGCUGUCCCGGAAGUAACCCAGAGACAAAGUAGCCUAGUCAAACUAGACAUUCCAUUUACUGGUUCCGGUGAAGGUCUUGACCUUGGUUUGGACAAGGAAUUUGAUCGAGUUAUUGAGGCCCAAAAGAGAGGCUACCUCAUGCGUCAAAACACUAAGGUUAUUAUUGCUUCUAGCAAUACCAAUGACGAACCUGAAAUUGUUCCUCAGAACGCUGCUACGAAAAAUGCGGAGAAUAAGCCAGAAAACAACACGCCUCGCAAAGCCAGUCAACCCACUUGGACUGCUGAGCCCUGGAAUGGUAAGAUGCGACGUCAAAGUUCAAAGGCUCCCGGUGCUAUCAAGAAGAAGCCUGUUCCAGGGGCAGUUCCGCCUUUGCCAGGUAUGCCAAGCAACGUUCAGGAUGUCCAACAAACCAGCGAGGAGGUAGAAAUCGAGCAGCCAGAGGACGACCAAGAGAGAGGAAGAUUGUUUGUCAAGGUCGUUGGUGUCCGAGAUUUGGACAUGCCCUUACCAAAGGGGGAGAAACUUCAAUUCGCAUUGACAUUGGACAACGGCUUGCAUUGUGUCACAACAUCGUGGCUCGAGCUUGGAAGAAGUGCUCCCAUCGGCCAGGAAUUUGAGCUUAUCGUUCACAAAGAAUUGGAGUUCCAACUGACAUUGCAAAUGAAAACCGACGGCAUAUUCUUGAAACAAAAUCGAGAAUCAGUUGUCUCUGCUACCCCUUCCAAACAAAAGUCUUCAGCUUUCAGCCGCGUCUUCGCAUCUCCAAAGAAGCGCAAAGAAAUGGAGAUGAAGCAGCAAUUGGAGCAACAAGAAAAGCAGAGACUAGAAGCCAAAGCCAAUGCAGGCCCUUGGGAAAAGCUUCGCUCGGUCAUUGAUCGCGAUGGUAGCUUUGCUCGUGCCUACGUCUCUCUCUCGGACCAUGAAAAGUAUGCAUAUGGUCGACCUUACGUUGUACGUGUUCCUUGUUUCAAUGAAUGGGCUGUGGAGGAACCAUCAAGUGUGAAGAGCAAGAAAAGCAGCUCACUCAACAUUGUUCAAAAACGACCUCCCUACAAAGUCGGUAAUCUCGAGCUUCAACUUCUCUUUGUUCCUAUACCGAAAGGAGCCAAGGAAGAAGACAUGCCAAAGAGCAUGAACGCUUGUAUACGCGAAAUGCGUGAAGCGGAAAACGCUGCCUCCCGUAUGUGGGAAGGCUACUUGUCUCAACAAGGAGGCGAUUGUCCCUACUGGAGACGGCGUUUCUUCCGCUUGCAGGGAUCAAAGUUGACUGCCUAUCAUGAAGUAACCAGGCAACCGCGUGCUACAAUCAACUUGGCAAAGGCUGCUAAACUCAUUGAUGAUAAAUCGACUCUCACCCAGAAGGAGACCACUACUCGAGGAGGCGGAAGACGCAAGUCGGCCUUUUCGGAGGAAGAGGAGGGCUAUAUGUUUGUGGAGGAGGGAUUCCGGAUUCGGUUCGCCAAUGGCGAGGUGAUCGACUUUUAUGCUGAUAGCCGCGCCGAGAAAGAAGGAUGGAUGACAGUACUUUCAGAUACUGUUGGUAAGGGCUAUGCUGCGGGCACAGGUCAAAUGAAAGCCUGGACAGAGCUUGUCCUCAAGCAUGAGAAGGCUUUGAACGCUAAACGCGAAGCACUUGAUCGUCUCAUGGGACCUAACGGACUAUCUUCACAACAGACGGCACCAGCAUCUCAGCCAACAAAGCCUCGACACCAACAUAAUCUGUCACAGCCUGAAGUUCGCUCCCCUGAAGCCCGACGGGAAAAGACUCGAUCUCUCAUGUUUUGA